GGAGGAGGGGGGAAGAGGCUGGAUGGGACGGGACGGGCUCGCCGGGCGCUAUAAAGGCUCCCACCGAGCGGCUGCGGCCAAGAAAGGAGCGCGAUGGGUUGGCUCCGGCUGCCCAGCUGUCUGCGCUGCGGCCAGAAGGAAUUCACGUUGUCCACUGAGAAGAUCGCGGACUCGCAGGAUGAGAACACGGAACGGGGCAACUGGUCCAGCAAAACGGACUACCUGCUGUCCAUGGUCGGCUACGCGGUGGGCCUGGGCAAUGUGUGGCGGUUCCCGUACCUGACCUUUCAGAACGGAGGAGGAGCCUUCCUGAUCCCCUACACCAUCAUGCUGGCCCUGGCCGGCCUUCCUCUCUUCUUCAUGGAGUGCUCCCUGGGACAGUUUGCCAGCUUGGGACCCGUGUCAGUUUGGAGAAUUCUCCCUCUACUUCAAGGCGUGGGAAUCACCAUGGUGAUUAUCUCCACCUUUGUGACCAUCUAUUACAACGUCAUCAUUGCCUACAGCCUCUACUACUUGUUUGCCUCCUUCCAAAGGGUCCUGCCGUGGGCCGAAUGCAACCCGGAGUGGGCAGACCAGAAAUGCAGCAAGACAAUCCUGUUACUGUGCAACGUCACGAUGGGGAACACAAGCAUCCAGAUGAAUUACACAGAAGUGCAGAGGCAGAACCUUACCUGCAUCAACAACACUCUGGUGCAUGCAGAUACACAGGUUCCCAGCGAGCAGUAUUGGAACAACAAAGUCCUCCAGCGGUCGGAGAGCUUAAGCGACACUGGGGUGAUCGUGUGGUACCUGGCCCUUUGCCUCCUCCUUUCCUGGCUGAUCGUGGCUGUUAGCUUGUUCAAAGGGAUCAAGUCCUCUGGGAAGGUUGUCUACUUCACAGCCAUCUUCCCUUACGUUGUCCUGAUUAUACUCCUGGUGCGAGGUGCCACCUUGGAAGGUGCCCGCGAGGGGAUUGAAUACUACAUCGGGACCCAGUCUAAUAUUACCAAACUUGGCGAGGCAGAGGUGUGGAAAGAUGCAGCCACGCAGAUCUUCUUCUCGCUCUCUGUCGCCUGGGGUGGGUUGGUCGCCCUCUCCUCCUACAACAAAUUCCACAACAAUUGCUACGCAGAUGCCAUUUUCGUCUGUGUGACCAAUUGCUGCACCAGCGUCUUUGCCGGCUUCGCGAUCUUCUCCAUCUUGGGGCACAUGGCCUUCAGGGCCAACAAGCACGUCUCCAAUGUUGUCAGUUCAGGAUUUGACCUAGCCUUCGUGGCCUACCCCGAAGCCCUGUCCCAGCUCCCGGUGGCCCCUCUCUGGUCCUUCUUGUUCUUCUUCAUGCUUCUCCUUCUGGGUCUCGAUUCCCAGUUUGCCACCAUAGAAACCAUCACCACCACCAUCCAAGACAUCUACCCCGCAGUGAUGAAGAAAAUGAGAGUGGUGGUGACGAUGGGGUUGUGUCUGCUGCUCUUUCUGCUUGGGCUCGUCUGUGUGACCCAGGCAGGAAUCUACUGGGUCAACCUGGUGGACCAUUUCUGUGCGGGCUGGGGGAUCCUCUUUGCAGCUAUCCUGGAACUGCUGGGAAUUUGCUGGAUUUAUGGGGGGAACCGGUUCAUUGAAGACAUCGAGAUGAUGAUUGGGAAGAAAAGCUUCCUCUUCUGGCUGUGGUGGAGAGCCUGCUGGUUUUUCAUCACCCCUUGCCUCUUGCUGAGCAUCCUGAUUUGGUCCCUGAUCACUUUUUCGCCCCCCAAGUAUGGCCAGAAGGAGUACCCAGAGUGGGGAUCUGCCGUCGGCUGGUGCAUGAUCGUUUUCUGCCUCAUCUGGAUCCCGAUAGUGGCCAUUUACAAGAUCUCCAGAUCCAAAGGCAACCUGUGGCAGCGCAUCGUCUCCUGCUGCAAGCCCAAACCUACCUGGGGGCCGUCCCUGGAGUGUCACCGGGGAGAGCGGUACAAAGACAUGGCGGAUCCAGUCAAGAAAGAGGACGUCGAGAUCCCCACCGUGGACAGCUACAUCCACAAGCUGGAGUAAAGGGGGGCUGCUGCAGGCUGAGGGUCCCCACUGAACCCCCAGCAAAAUCCAUGCAGCCGAAGGGACUCCGUGCAAUGGACACCAAAGACCUGGACCAUCUGCCAGGGAGCCACACCUGAGAGGCUCUGUGGAUAAGGCAGGCCAGGCCGUGGUGGGGGGCAGCCUUCUAGCUGAGGACCACCCUCUAGAGGUGGGGGUUGGGCCCCCCACCCCACCAGGCCCCAUCACCCCCAAAACACAAAACCUCAAACUCUCCUCUGGCAAGGCAGAGUGCCCUCCCUCGCAGGGGUGUGGUGAUGAAGAACACACUUCAGCGAUCCUGUAAGCGUCUUCGGAGCCAUCAAAGUGUCUGGGACUGGGAUCCUUUGCACACUUCGUUGGAUGUGAAGCCUAUCCUAAUUCAGGGAGACUUUCUGUGUGUCAAUGGGGCAAGCACUGCCACACAACACUCUGGAUGUGUAUGCACACGUAUCUCUGUGUGUGAGAGACAGAUGCUGCACCUGGCAUUUUAUUUGCAUAAUUUAUUCCUGGGAUUUUAUUUGGGAUGUAAUUUAUUAUUUUUUUGCUACCUUGGAGGGAAAUUUCUGAAAAUCUCCCUCCCCACACAGAGCUGGCCACCCUAAGGAGCCAUCCGGAAUUAGAGCAGACAUUUCUCAUUCGUUUUCAAGUGUAUUUCCACAGCCACAAGGACUAGAAACUUGAUUUAGAAGCGGAACUCGCAUCUGGCAUGCCACACUGGGCCGGUAGCCCUGCUUGUACUGGGUGCAGAGAGCUGGCUGGCCAGCUAAUAAACAAAUCUGUUCAGAUUUUG